UUUUCAGAAUAAUUAUGGUAGUCAAACACAUCAACAGUGAUAAUGAAUUCGAACAAUCAAUGACAGAAGCUGGAGAAAAUAAAUUAAUUGUUUGUGACUUUUUUGCUGAAUGGUGUGGGCCUUGCCGAACAAUAGCUCCAAUUUUUGAGCGUUUUUCUAAUGAUUUUGCUCAAGCUAUGUUUCUUAAAAUUAAUGUCGACAGAUGUCAAGGCGUCGCUCAACAAUAUUCUAUUCGUGCAAUGCCUACUUUUCUCUGCCUAUUAAAUCGAGUAGAGAUUGGACGGAUCCAGGGAGCCGAUCCAAAUGGUCUUCUAAAAUUAAUUAAUGAUGGGCUUUCCAAAAUAACUAAAACUGGUGAACAUGUAGCAAAUGCCGCAGAGAGAGAAUGGUUGGGGCAAUUUGUUUAUUCAAGCGAAAGAAUGGCGAUUUAUGAGGAUGAGCUCAAUCAAACACUAGCUCUUUCAAUUAUCCCAGUAGACGAAUUGCGGCAAAAGGCUACUUUUGAAAACGAAGUAAAUCAUUACCUUUUGGCAAAAGAACUUCUCAAUUGGUUCCAUUCGUUUUUUAAAUGGGUUAAUUCUCCAAAAUGUGAAAAGUCUGGGGUUGGUUUUCCAACUGAAGAUGAGGCUCAAGAUGAGGUUACUACAGUUGAGCUCUAUAAUUGUGAAAACUGUAAAGAGGAAUUACGUUUUCCACGUUAUAAUAAUCCUGCAAAAUUAUUGGAAACUAGAAGAGGACGUUGUGGGGAAUAUGCAAAUUGUUUUGCACUGUGCUGCCGAGCACUUGGACUUCAAACUCGCUCUGUAAUCGAUAAUCUAGACCAUGUUUGGGUUGAGGUUUGGUCCGAUCAACUUAAGCGUUGGCUACAUUGUGAUCCUUGCGAGAAUGUGAUUGAUACACCUUUAAUUUAUGACAAGGGAUGGGGUAAAAAGCACGCUUACGUAUUUGCCUUUGCCAUUGACCAUAUGCAAGAUGUCACGUGGAGAUAUCAUUAUGAUUAUAAAGAAACCAUUCAACGUCGUACAAAAGUUAGAGAACCUGUUCUGAGAAAUUUUAUAAGAAAAAUGAAUGCCCGUCUAGCUAGUCUCGUCACAGAUGAACGCCGUGUUCAGCUUCGAAAUCAACUAUUGACUGAACUUCUUGAAUUUCUUUCUCCUGAUGCGCAAUUACGUGAUGGAAGCGAAGCACAAAAUCAGGGACGUCGGUCUGGGGCUUUGCAUUGGAGGGAGGCACGUGGAGAAUUGGGGGUAAGAGAAGAUAAAAAAGAAGAGAAAAUUAACGAAAAACCAAGUACGAGUUAAAUGGGUUAUUUAAAUAAAUAUUUUUAAGCCGAGGCCUUCACCUCUUUUGGGGUUUUUUUUUAUAAAAUUAUUUUCUUGUUAGAAUUUGUAAACAGGCCAGUAGUUGAGGGAGAGAGGGGGUCCUAGAGAUUGGAAUUAAAAUUUAGGAAGAAAUUGGAAUAUAGUCAAACAUUUAAAGGGAAAUUCUGUAUGUGGGCCUGUGUUUAUUACAGACCUGUGCAUGGACACGGAUUUUCGUAUCCAUAUCCGGAUAUU